GCUCUUCCCUCGUUUAAAUUCUUUCACUCCCGUCUUCUUUCUCUCUCUAUAUAUCCCUCUAGAACCCUAGACAGACACACACAGUAAAGUAUUCUUCCCCAGCAAAAAAAAAUGGAGUGGAAUGCUGAGACUUUACAGUUUCUCUCUCAAUGUUUCCUCCAUACUCUCUCACCAUACCCCGAGCCCCGUCGACGUGCCGAAUCGAGCCUUUCCGAUGCCUCCGACCGCCCUAACUACGGACUUGCGGUGCUUCGUCUCGUAGCCGAGCUCACCGUCGAUGAACCGAUCCGUCAGUCCGCUGCAGUCAACUUCAAGAAUCACCUUCGAAGUAGGUGGUCACCGACUCCUUCCGAUGAUUCCAAUCUCCCUACCCUAGCUCCGAUUUCCGAACCUGAGAAAGAGCAAAUUAAAGCAUUGAUUGUCAAUCUCAUGCUCUCUUCUGCUCCCAAGAUCCAGGCUCAACUCAGCGAAGCUCUAGCCGUCAUCGGUAAGCACGAUUUCCCUAAGUCAUGGCCUGCUUUACUUCCGGAGCUCAUUUCUAAUUUGGAGAAGGCAGGUGAGAUAUCUGAUUAUGUAACUGUAAACGGAAUCCUCGGUACUAUAAAUUCUAUUUUUAAGAAAUUUAGGUUUCAGUACAAAACCAAUGAUUUGCUUCUUGAUUUGAAGUACUGUCUUGAUCAUUUCGCUUCGUCACUAUUGAAAAUAUUUCUUCGGACUACGGCUUUGAUGAACAAUGUAACCGAUGCCGUUACCUUGAAGCCUCUCAUUGAAUCGCAGAGGUUGUGCUGUAGAAUCUUCUACUCUCUAAACUUUCAAGAAUUGCCUGAGUUUUUUGAGGACCAUAUGAGAGAGUGGAUGACCGAGUUUCAAAAAUAUCUUACUGUGAGGUAUCCUACACUUGAAGAUAGUAGUGCGGAUGGGCUUGCACUUGUUGACUCGCUUCGAUCUGCAGUAUGCGAGAACAUAAGCCUUUAUAUGGAGAAAAAUGAGGAGGAAUUUCAAGGAUUCUUGGGUGGAUUUGUCGACGCGGUCUGGUCUCUCCUUGUGUCGGUUUCCACCAAUUCUAGUCGGGAGAAACUAGCUGUUACGGCAAUCAAGUUCUUAACCACGGUCAGCACUAGUGUUCAUCAUACCUUAUUUGCAAGGGAUGAUGUUUUACAACAAAUAUGUCAGAGUAUUGUUCUACCCAAUGUUAUGCUAACAGAUGAUGACGAGGAGUUAUUUGAGAUGAAUUAUGUGGAGUUCAUUAGGAGGGACAUGGAAGGAAGUGACCUUGACACGAGGAGAAGGAUUGCCUGUGAACUUCUGAAGGGAAUUGCUACAAAUUACAAAGCUAAAGUUACUGAAAUGGUUGCUAGUCAAAUCCAGAACAGUCUGUCUUUGUUUGCACAAAACCCAUCUUCAAACUGGAAACAUAAAGACUGUGCUAUAUAUUUGGUUGUCUCCCUGGCUACUAAAAAGGCUGGUGGUUCAUCUGUCUCCACUGAUCUGGUUAACGUCGAGAGCUUUUUCAGAGAUGUUAUCGUACCGGAAUUGCAAGGUCAAGAUGUUAAUGCAUUCCCAAUGUUGAAGGCUGGCGCAUUGAAGUUUUUUACCAUGUUUAGGAAUCCAAUCUCAAAAUCCAUAGCAAUUGCCUUGCUUCCUGACGUAGUUCGUUUCUUGGGCUCUGAUUCAAAUGUGGUUCAUUCAUAUGCUGCCAGUUGCAUUGAGAAACUCUUACUAGUCAAGGAGGAUUUAGGCAAGGCAAGAUAUACUUCAUCUGAUAUCAGUCCCUUUUUGUUAUUGCUGAUGACCAAUCUUUUCAGUGCCCUGGGGAAGCCCGACUCCGAAGAGAAUCCUUAUAUUAUGAAGUCUAUCAUGCGUGUUCUUGCAAUCGCGGAUAUUUCUACAGAGGUUGCUUCACCUUGCAUCAGUGGCCUGACUUCUGUUCUUAAUAAGGUCUGUGCAAACCCAAAAAAUCCUAUUUUUAACCACUACCUCUUUGAAGCGGUUGCUGUUCUUGUUAAGAGGUCAUGCGAAAAGAACCCUUCUCUUGUCUCAGCCUUUGAAGUUAGCCUUUUCCCCAGCCUUCAGAUGAUAUUAGCAAACGAUGUAACUGAAUUCUUCCCAUACGCCUUCCAGCUACUCUCGCAGCUCAUCGAGCUUAACAGACCUCCACUCCCACAGCUUUACAUGCAAAUCUUUGAGAUUUUGUUAAUGCCAGAUUCAUGGAAGAGAUCUGGAAAUGUCCCAGCGCUUGUUCGGUUGCUCCAAGCUUUCCUUCAAAAGUCUCCCAAUGAACUUAACCAAGGGGACAGAUUGUCACAGGUGCUGGGUAUAUUCAACAAGCUCGUCUCAUCCACUAGCACAAACGAACAAGGGUUUUACGUGCUCAACACUGUUAUCGAGAACCUAGGGUAUGAUGUUAUUGCCCCUUACAUGGGUCACGUAUGGACUUUACUGUUUACACGUCUCCAGAGCAGCAGGAGAGUAAAGUUCGUUAAGUCCUUUGUGAUAUUCAUGUCUCUUUUUCUGAUCAAACAUGGUUCCCAGAAUCUAGUGAAUUCAAUGAAUUCUGUUCAGUCGAACAUAUUCGUUGCUAUAUUGGAGCAGUUCUGGAUAAAUAAUCUGAAACUGAUUACUGGUCCCAUUGAGAUUAAAUUGACAUCUGUUGCUGCUGCUAGACUUAUUUGCGAGUCUCCAGCUUUGUUGGAUCCAUCAGCCAGUAGGCUCUGGGGGAAGAUGCUCGACAGUAUUAUUACCCUUCUUUCACGUCCCGAGCAGGAGAGGAUUCAGGAGGAAGCAGAUGUUCCGGAUAUUAGUGAUAAUGUUGGCUACGGUGCUACUUUUGUGCAUCUUCAUAAUGCAGGAAAGAAAGAGGACGAUCCUCUGAAGGAUAUUAAGGACCCGAAACAAUUCUUGGUGGCAUCUUUGGCAAAUCUUUCUGCAUCGUCCCCAGGGAGAUUCCCUCAAGUGAUCGGUGAGAAUGUUGAAGCGGCAAAUCAGACAGCUUUGCUUCAGUUCUGCACUUCCUACAAUCUCACAAUUGUAUGAUGGAGCUCCUCGUCAUUAUCAUUUAAUGGGUGUGAAGUCUUGCUGCUUUGUGAGCAAAUCUUUCUUUCUUAUUAUAUAAUAGCCAGAAGUCGAGUCCAGUCCAGUCGUCUUUGAGUUCUCAGAUUUUGAAUGAGAGAAUAUGGGGGUUUUUUCAAAGUGAAGUAAAUUAUUGCAUAAUAGAUAUUCUCUAUUGUAAUUUGCAACUGCCAUUCUGAGUUAAGUUCUCUCUGCAUGAAUGAAUUUUGCGGUUUGAUCCUCGAAAAAAGAAAAGAAAAAAGUAUGUACCAUUUUGUUGAGUCAUUUUGUCAUGUUGAUUGAAUCAUAUCAUCAUAAAAAAAAAACUUAAAUACUCCAAUUUCAAGUGGAUUUCUUCUUCAUAUAUUUCCUCUUUUUCUAUAUUUUGUUUAAUUCCAGCCAGAUUUUAGCUUCAAACUCUUCUUUGUUUGUUUA